AUGGCUACACCAGGGCCACUUGAUCGCGCCUAUUCUCCAUUUACAGAUCAGAAAUUGGCAAAUGUUCCUGUGCUGCGUAUUUUCGGAUCUACUAAAGCAGGUCAAAAAGCAUGCGUGCACAUUCAUCAAGUGUAUCCUUACUUUUAUGUACCUUUUUCUAUUCCAGCAGAGUGUACUACCGAAGAAGAAAUUCAAAAGCAUAUUUUUCAAUUCGGCGCCAGUUUAAACGAAGCAAUGAAUGUAGCAAGGCCGAAAGCAGAGAAAGAUCAACAUGUGGCAGCAGUUGUACUUAUCAGAGGGGUGCCAUUCUAUGGGUACCAUAUAGGUUAUCAAACGUUUUUGAAAAUAUAUAUAACAAAUCCGAACGAAAAGCUGCAAAUGCUUGAUGUAUUACAAUCAGGAGCAUUGGAAAACACGCAUUUUCAACCGCAUGAAGCCCAUUUAAACUUUGAGUUACAAUUUCUUAUUGAUCACAACUUAUAUGGUAUGGAUUGGUUACAUAUAGAGGAGCAAGGGUUGGAUUCAGUAUCCUCUUCUUUUGGUAUCAAGUUUCGUUUGCCUUUAUCAGAUGAGCCGAAAUCAAGCUAUGCCAGUAUUUCACAAUCGUCAAGCAGUGGUGCUUCUCGUAUAUCGCCUCCUUCAAUCAACAGUGACGGGUCAGUUCAGCUUGAAAGCUCUAUCUAUACUUCUAAAACUGUACCUUUGCAGCUUCAGUCAGAUCUUGUUCCUCAAGAAAGCUAUUGCGAACUAGAGAUAGACAUAACCGGUAUGGCCAUCUUGAAUCGGCAUGAUUUGCAAGAGAGAAAUAUUCAUACAAGCCUUAAAAAGGAGAAAGAAAUUCAGCAAAUAUUUUUAGCUAAAAUGAAUGACGAAAGGAAAGAAAGGCUAGUGAAGUCACUACAAGUUAUAUGGGAUGAUGAAGUUGCUAGGCGAAGAGCAAAAGGUGUUACAACACCUAUUCCUCCGAUUACUCAGAUCGAGGAUAGAGCACCACAUCAUCCAUGGUCUGUAGAAAAAGAUCUUCGUCGGUUAAUGGAGAAGAUGAUGACACACGCGCCCUUUGAUGAAGUGAGCGAAUCACAACAGCCUUCACCGCUUAUACCUCGUCUUUUAACUCUUUUUCAAUCUGUCGAAGCCCUAUACCCAGAUGCAUACUUCGAAUAUCGGAAGCAACAAGAAAAACAGGAGCAACCCAUAGCUCCUGAUGAGAUACAUAAUAGAAACUCACCACAAGACAAUACCAUUGAUAAGAUUCUGGGUCCAAUUGGCGGUAAUGGUGAACUUCAGUUGCCGUCAUCAUCCAUGCCAUCACCUGUCAAUAAUAAUGAAGCAAUUGAUUUCAUUAGAAGAAAUACAUCAGAGCAGCAUCGUACACCACUACUUAACCAAUUUGGCAUAUCUGCCACGCCAUCACGUUACCGUGCUUGGGACGUUCAUUCUCAAGUUGACAAGUCUGUUCUCCAAUCAUUCCUUGCAGAUAAAAUACUGUCCAAUAGUAAUACCAGCAUAGAAGAAGAGGAGAAGGAAGAAGGAAUAGAUGAUCAAGAAGAGGAUCUUUAUGCAACGGAUGCAAGUGAUAAUUUUUAUGAUAUGGGUGAUAGCGACGAAUUUGCUCGACUAGUAGUUGAGGCCGAAAAAAAGCAGCAAAUUGUCAGCGAGCCAACAACUAGUCUUCAAACUGAGCAAGAAAUAGUUUAUCAUUAUCGACCAAGGAAGCUAGAUCUCAUUGAGGAAGCCAAAAAAAUGGAUACUUUAAGAUCACCAUUAACUCGAAAGGGUAUCAAUGAACUAUUUGACGACGCGGAUGAGGAAGAAAAUGAUGACGAGGAAGAAAAACAAAUCGACAUUAGUGAUAUUCCCCCAGAUCCAAGGUCGCAUGUUACAAAGAAACGGGGGCAGCAAAGCAGGCGAAUUGACCAAAUGGAUGGAGCUAGCGAUAAGAGAGAAGAAAGAAGAUCGAAAAGGGUGAAAACUCCAGCGGAAAGGUGGGAAGAAGAGGCAAAGUUUUUGAAACGUAUGCGAACGAAAAAAACCGCUGCUCAGCGUGCACUUAAAGCGAAAAAUUUUAAGCAUGCUGCCUCAGCACCACCAGAAGAUCGACCUUAUCCGAAGUUCAGCAUAUCAAAUGACAUGUCAGGGAAGCGCCGGGUUAAAAGUACUAAUGAUAUUCAUCCGGAGGGGUUUCAGAAGGUUACAGUAGUUAUUCCUCUUCAUAUGAGAAGGAAGAGAGGAGCUGCAAAAAAAGAAGUAUCUAACAGUAGUUACUCUGCGUCGCAGCCAGUGAAACCAGCAUUAUUUGCAAGCAAAGAAGGUCAUAAUCCUUCUAUGACGCAGCCAGCUGGUCAUAUCGAUGAGCAGGAGACUACUAGUUUUCUUCAGCCGAACGACACACUUGAAGGUUCGGCUACAGUAAAUACAGCUUACAAUAAUACGCCGAUAUCAAAAGUACAUUCAUACGACACCGAUAAAGUCAAGGUCAUGAAUAUCAGUUCGAGUGAUACUGAACAUAGUCAACAAAUCGAUAUCAAUUUUUUAAACUCUUCGACCAUUAACAGGCAACAAAGUCCAUCCUUUCAAAGUAAAAGGAAUUUUAUCAGCAGCAUUGAUGCUUUAUGGUCGUCUUCUGAUGAAGAACAACUGCUGCAAACAUCGGGUAUAUCAACACAAAAACCUUCACUCAACUCACCGACUCAACCAUUAGUUCCAGAAAAGGUAAAUUUUAUACACUCUGUAGGAAUUAUACAAAAUGGUGAAGAGACUUCUUUGUCUGUAGCAGAAUUAAGGAAGGAAAAUGCAGCGGACGAUCCUGUAAUAAGCUUCUCCAUGACGUCUUCUGGAAAUGAUACUGUGAGGUAUAAAUCUACGUUGGAUACCUCUUCAUUUCCAUCUGUGCAAAAUAGGGAUGUUUACCAGCAAACAUUCUCCUCUUCCUCAUCGGACAUACGCGACAAAAAUCGACAGAAGCAACAUUAUUCUGCGCUAUCUUCAGCAACUUCACCUCCACAUAAUGAGUCGAAUAAAAUAGAAGACCACGAUAUACAAGAAGACAGUCAAUAUCAUAAACAAUCUGGCAGAGAAGAAAAAAUAAGAGAUGUAAGCAGCGGAAACUCUUCACUGCAGCAUAUGGGAAAUAGCAGAUCGCCUCAAGAAUAUAUAUAUAACCAUGUUCCCCCUACUUUGGACGAAAAAGAUGUACCAAGAAAACGUGUCAUUUACCAAGAACCAUUCUAUAGUAGAGCAUCUGAUGUACCCCGAUUUGCGCCUGUUUUUGCCGGUAAAGAAUUCAAAUUGACCACGAAUGGUAUUCAAUCCUUAAAAGAGUUCGAAUCAACUUAUGGAGAGGAUACCAAGAAACCGACUUUGAGAGAUAAAACACGAAUCAAAAUUUGGCAACCUAGUCGAGAUCCUCCAAGAUUAAAAGAAGUUCAACAAUGGAUGGAAACAAAUUUGAAAGCUGGAAAGCUCGCUAAACAUACAUAUUCGGGAACACAGCUACAACAACCCACAGCUCAGAAUACGUACAACUUUAAGUUCAGUGCAAGUAAACCACAAGCCAAAGUUAAACGAAUACGAGACUAUAUAGAUUAUUUGAGCUUGGAAAUACACGUCAAUACAAGAGAGAAACUGCUUCCUGAUCCGCAGCAUGAUCCAGUUCAAUUGAUUUUCUGGUGCUUACAAACUGAAGAUCGUCAUAUACCAUGGAACGGUUAUCAAGAAGGAUACCUUGUUGGUUUAAUAGCAAUGAAAGACUUUGAUAUUGCAAGGGUUGGUAUUGAUAAUGAUCGUUUAAAAAUUGACUAUGCUGAUACCGAAGAAGAGCUCUUCAGUAUUUUGAUUCAUAAAAUACGAUCAUAUGACCCUGAUAUGUUGGUUGGCUAUGAAGUAGCAAAUGCAUCGUGGGGAUAUUUGGUUGACCGCGGCGCUGAGCUUGGAUUCCAUUUGUUGGACGAGCUAUCUCGUGUGAAGAUGUCUUCAGACUCAAUCAAACGAGACACAUGGGGCUAUCAGAAAGCAUCUGUCUAUCGAGUUGUUGGGAGGCAUAUGCUUAAUGUGUGGCGGCUUAUGCGGAGUGAGCUUACAUUGACCAGUUACAGUUUCGAAAAUGUAGCAUAUCAUUUAUUACAUGAUAGGAUUCCGCAUUAUUCUUACGAGACUUUGACUGCUUGGUACAAAAAAGGUAUUCCUGUGCUCAAAUAUCGCCUCAUCAAAUACUUUAUGAAACGUGUACAGCUCAAUCUAGACAUGUUGGAUGCCUCACAAGUUGUUCAACGUACCUGUGAAUCGGCCAGGGUGUAUGGUAUCGAUUUUUAUGCUGUCCUAACAAGAGGCUCCCAAUAUGAUGUUGAGUCUGUUCUCUUCCGGAUUGCCAAACCUGAAAACUUUGUUCUUAUUACACCUAGUAGGAAACAGGUGGCUGAGCAGCGAUCACUGGAAAUAUUACCUUUGGUUAUGGAGCCAGUUUCUCAAUUUUAUAGCAGCCCCAUGGUAGUAUUGGAUUUUCAAAGUCUAUAUCCGUCUAUAAUGAUUGCGUAUAAUUUCUGCUACUCUACAUGCUUAGGAAGAAUAAGAAUUUCAGAACAGGAUUCUCGGUUUGGUGUUCUUCCUUGCUUUGAACUACCUGAUGGUUUGUUAGAUACUUUAAAAGAGUAUAUAAACGUGACACCAAAUGGAAUCAUGUUUGUGAAGCCAGAGAUACGUAAAAGUACGCUAGCAAAAAUGUUGGAAGAUUUAUUAGAUACCCGAGUUAUGGUGAAGCGUGCAAUGAAGGAUUACAAAGAGGACUCUGGACUUCUACGUUUGUUAGAUGCUAAACAGCUUACUUUAAAGUUGUUGGCCAAUGUAACUUAUGGUUAUACUUCCGCUUCAUUUUCGGGCAGAAUGCCUUCUGUUGAAAUUGCUGAUAGUAUUGUUGCCACCGGUCGAGAAACUCUUGAAAGGGCUAUUCGCUUGAUUAAUGAAACUGAAGAGUGGGGGGCUCGUGUAGUGUAUGGCGAUACCGACAGUCUAUUCAUUUACUUUCCUGGCAAAACAAAAGAAGAAGCAUUUACGCUAGGCAGCGUCAUAGCAAACACUGUGACAAAAUUAAAUCCUGCACCUAUCAAACUAAAGUUAGAAAAAGUCUAUCACCCUGCUGUUUUACUGGCAAAGAAGAGAUAUGUGGGCUAUAAAUACGAGAGCCCUGGAGAUGAACCAAAAUUUGAAGCGAAGGGCAUUGAAACAGUAAGACGAGACGGUACCGCCGCGACACAGAAAAUAAUGGAAUCAUGUUUGAAAAUUUUAUUCCGCUCUCAGGAUAUGUCCCAGCUCAAGGAUUUCUUAUACAAAGAAUGGACAAAGAUACUAUCAAAUCGGGUUAUUCUCCAAGACUUUAUUAUCGCUAAAGAAGUUCGCAUAGGCAGUUACCGAGGUGAGGGACCCAAUGGAGCAGCUAUAGCACAAGCACAAAUGAAAGUCGAUGCUAGAGCUGAACCUCAGUAUGGUGAACGCGUCCCUUAUGUUGUUGUUUAUCGCGGCCCAAAUGCGAGACUUAAAGAUAAAGUGGUGCGGCCUGAACAGCUGCUCAAUGAUACUCGUGGUUCGCUAAGACUCGAUGCUGAAUAUUAUAUUCGGAAACAAAUUAUACCUCCAUUGAGUAGAAUCUUCAACUUGGUGGGCGUGGACAUUUUAUCUUGGUACGAGGCCAUGCCGAGGCAUGUGAAAGUUGAUGCAAUGAACCUGGCAGCACAACAGCAAUUCAAUGCCACAUCAAGCCAAAAAAAAAACGCUUUAUCUCGGAUUGAUCAAUAUUAUGCUAGUUCUCAUUGCAUUAUAUGCAGAAAGCUUUCAGAUCAAGCUAUCUGUAUACAAUGCAAACAGAAUUCGGUCAGAACGACAUUGACCAUAGUUACCAGACAGAAAUUGAUACGGGAAAGGCUUAGGAAUGUCAUGCAGACUUGUCAAAACUGCUCAAAACUAUCAGCUUUAGAUGCCAUGACAGUUGUGCCCUUAACACAGGUCGCAAAAGCAGCGUCUACGACCAAUCCAAUAGCUUCAUCCUCUUUAAAAGCGCCUAUAGCCGAUAUACCUUGUGAUUCAUUGGAUUGCCCCAUCUUUUAUGAACGGUUAAAAGCGAAACAGGAUACGAAAUUGGCUAAUCAUUAUGACCUCCUUCUAGAUGAAUUUUAA